GUGGUACUACGCUUGCUCGAGCGUCUGGCCAAGACUUGAAAGCACGUGACUACGUGAGCACGCGCAAGAUGUGUCGACUGCGAAUGACGUAAAGGAAACUGUCGCAGCGCACGCGCGGGUGGUGUGCGUAUAGGGGUAGGUGGGUAGGGGAUAACUGGAGGAGCACGCUGCUGUUGAGAUAAGCAUGCUCUUGGCUGGCGAACCCUUGACGAUGCAAGGUACACGUAAGCAAGGAUAAACAAGGGAACACGUAAGCAAGGAUAAACAAGGGUACAUGAGGUGUGUGAUAGAGCGACAGCCACGAGAAGGCGUAUGGCCCACCCUGACAUCACCUGACUACGAUUAGUAGCGCGUUCUUGAUGUGAGUAGCAGGAAUCGUCAUUCCCCAGCAAGUGGAAAGGACAAAGUAGGUUUUUUCUUUUUUUGUUUGUUUAGUUUUUCGUCUGUUCUCAUCUUCGGCAAAGUUCUCUCCCUGCAUACCCAGGUGAAGUGAUCUUUUACCCGCAAGACAAGUUCUUCUGCUCUGGAAACGGUACCCGCCGAUACAUCGAGAGAUUGUGACGUCAGCACAAGCACGAGCUUUGCCAAAGAGGUCGCGUGCUUGUUGGCCACGUGUAGAGACUGGAACUGCCAGUCAGAGUCAUGUUUCUUCUCUCCACACUCCAUCAUUUCUAGCACCCAGUUCGGGACUUGAGCCAGUCCUGCUACAGCCACUUGUUCCCCACAUGGCUGAGUGUUUCAUGCACGUGGGGACCUUCGCCGCCAUCCUUCCUGCAGUGACAAUGGGUGGAGUGACGGUCGGGUGGAUGGCGAGAGUAAGACUUUUGAGAUAAAGUAGAUACAUCUCAAUUUAGAAUUCACAGCGUUUGUGAGUUUGGGAUGAAUACCACCUGCCGUUGUGCCGUUGCGAGACAUCUCCCUGCGCGCGCAUGCGCGUUUGUGCGUAACGUCCAACACGUGAUCAGAGCAUCUUUGUACUAUGGGACUAAAUUUCCUCUUCUCUUUGACUUCUACCUGGUUGAGAUAGUGUGAAGGUGGUGUAGAGUUGGUCUUCCUUGAUCCCACCAGCAAGUUGAUUCCUCGAGAUACCCACACCCUACUCCGUCUGGGUUACGAGUCCAUUACGUUGUUUUCCGUGAUCAUAACGUAGGUAAAAGCACCAAGCUAAACUGGGAUGUAAAACAAACCUUGAUUACAGGAUUUAUCAGGUGUAGAACGACCUACGCGCACAAGACAAUGAUUUCAUCAUCACAUGAUCAUCAGCUUACGGCGCAGCUCAUGCUGUUUGCAGCUGUGCAUCCCCCCCAGUGACUGAGCGCGCUGACCUCUGGGAACGCUACCCGUCCUUUUAUCCUGUUUACCUCAGGUGUUUGGUUGUAGGCGCCCGUGGCAAAGCUGUUCCAACAGAGAUGGGAUGGAUCGAGCAGAUGUGUUGAGCUUGCUCACUUGGACAGUUAAAGGUGUAUUGGAGUGCAGUUUUUGAAUGACUGGGUAAAUCUCAGUGCAAUAUACGAAUUGCCUAAAUGCAGGUCAACCUUUUCACAGAGUAAGGUGUAUCGGAAGAGGCGCUGGGUGAGCACGAUGUCUCUGACAGACGUGAUGGACGAUGUGGACUACGAGCGCCAAAACUUCACCCAAAACGAGGCUCUGACGCAACAUCCGCUGUGGCUGACCGAGUCUCACUUCGUCUACCACCUGCAGCGCAACGCAGACGGCCACCUCACCUUCAAGAGAGAUUUCGAUGGGGAACCCAUCUGCUCACCCAGACCGCUAAAAGAACUCAGCAUGCAGAACAUGGUCGCGAAGCCAGGACGCAUGGAGUGCCUUAAGGUCCACGAAAUGCCCUCUGACCUUUACCCUGCUCUCCUGACAGAGGCCAUCUUUCAGAGAUCGCUACAGACUGUGUCUCACCUGGUGUCCACCUGGCCACACCCGGUUCUAGACGUGCGAGGGGUGUUGCCGCCGGAGGAAAUAUUUCGCUGCGAGCACCUGACCAUGCCAUUCGACUGCCAGGAUAAUCUGUCCCUGAUGGACUCCCUCAUGAUCGGUCUGCUAAACCUCAAGCCUCACUCCAGGCUAAAGCUCGUCAACUUUACUGGCUUCAAACAUGACCGGAAGAUGGUGCGGGAGUUGGCCAGGCUACCGAUCCUCUGGAUGAAACCGAGCGACAGACAACCCGGAUACAUUCACAGUCUACUGCGCCAGACAAUAGUCAUCAGCAAAGACAAGGUCCAACGUUACGUAAACCGUAUCGCUUGUAUCUACGCCAACAUCGACCUCCAGGUCCGGCAUGGACACACGAUAGGUCCCAUCACUAUCAUGUUCGAUUGCAAAAUCAUGUUUGACGAUGUCCCGAUCGGCCUGGCCUUGCAGUUCGAGACUCCCUUCAGAUACAUCUGUCAGAGAGUGUGGACGGAGCCUAUAGUGGAUGUGACUCUUCCCCUGGCGGUGAUGCAGAAAGUUUUGAACCCCAGGUGCAUUUCGCACCUGGAAAUCGAGGAUCCCGACAUUUGUUCUGAUCUGACCCGCUGGGACAGCCUGUUGGAGGCGCUGCUGCUGCUGCCCAGCCUGCGUGCACUCAGUCUACCCAACACCGUGCACGCGGACCGUCACGUGAAUGCCGCGUACGAGCUGAACCAGGUGCUGCGUCCAUUGCGCGCGCUGCAGCGCCUCAACCUGGCCUCCUGCAACCUGCGAGACUGCGUGGAGCAGCUGCUGCACAACCUGGACCAGGACCUGAGCUACCUGAGUCUCCGUGACUGCCGUCUGAGCGAGUUGGACAUCCAGGCAUUGAUACAGUGGCCUCUUAUCGACGGAUUGCGGGAAUUGAACCUCAGUCGCAACAACCUUAAAACUUUUGCUGUCCUUGUGGUUGGGCUUCUUCACAAGAUGGCCGCCACCAUCGUCUGCUUCUCUGUAUCGUUUUGCUCUCUCUCCCUCGUCGGGCUGCAGCAGACGGUUCAAAAGUGCAAGGAGUGUCUUCGUCUGAAAAUUCUGGGUAUCCAGUCGUUCACUCCACCCCCACUGACGGAAAUGCGAGAGAUCAUUGAGGACUGUGCAGACAUUGCCACGCUGCAGCGGUGCAUUUUGCUCCCAGAAGCCUAUGCGUUUCCGGGAAGUCAAAUCUCGCAGCGGGCGGCGAAUCGCGAGACUAUCGCGUUGAUGUGUCGCGAGAUUCUUGUGCAGCUGGGCAGAGCAGAUGUUCAGCUAGAAUGACAUCAUCUCUUAGACGAGGGUUCAGAGGGGAAGAAGAUUAUUCCCCGGAUGCAUCGGGGUAUCGAGGGUAUCACCUUUUUUCCUGUCUUCGUCUCGAAGGCUGAAUACAAAAUUUGAUCGAUUGUGAUCUCUUUUUCCAUAAAUUAUCUUAUUUUUCCCACGUGAAGUAUCCCCUUGGUGUGUCAGUCCUGAGGUUAAAGAAGAGGAGACAGUGACCUUUGCUUGUUUGUGGAUGUUGACAUUUGUUGGCUCUGACAUGCUGAAGGUGUUUAGCAGGGUGCUGUGACUGGAUGAGGGUUGGCUGGGUUGCUAAGAAACUGUUGUGUGUAUGCCUCUAUAUCUACAUGUGUAGAUGAGUCACGUGUGGGUGUAUGGCGGGGGAGAAGCUGAGCGAGUGUAAAAGUGCUGUGAGUGAUGAGGGUAAGAAUUUGGAAACUAUUUUGUGUAAAAUAUUUUCAAUAUGCUGAAUGCCACUGAAGAAGAAAAGAGAAAAGUAAUAGAAGAUUGCAAAAGAAGGAUAAUAAAAUUUAUUGACGAAGCGAAGAAUACUUGAGAGAAUAAAAAUAAAAGAGAAAAAUUCACGAUUGGAAAGACAGAGAGAUAUUUUUGUAAAAGAUUAUUAGGAAAGUUUUUCUGUGUGUCUUCCCU